CCCAAUUUCUGAUCUAUCCCGGAGCCGUCGUGCAUUGAUUGGCGUCUUAGCUGGGCGAUUAUGCUCGCUGGCCGGUCCGCCGUGAAUUCGCAGGGAGCCGAGCCAGCUGAGCACGGGAGCCGGCGCUGAGCGGCGGAGAACAAGGGCAUGUCUCAGCCCGGCCGGCAGCUGCUGCCGGCGUGAAGCGAGGAUGAGGCCGCGGGAGGAGGCAGCUGCCCUGGCACCCUCCGAGAGCCCCUGCUCCUGCAGAGCCAUGUCCCGACCCCGGCGGGCUGCGCUGCGCUCCGGGCAGCUUUGAAGUUAGAGGAGGCAGUUGUGUUUAGAAAGGCAAGCGAUGAACUGAAGAUUAAACAUGUAUGGGAAUUAUCCUCACUUCAUUAAGUUUCCUGCAGGCUUUGGCAAUUCCCCUGUGCACACCAGCUCCACGUCCGUGAGCCUGUCCUCAGGCCUUUCCACGGGGAAUCCAGUGGAGGGGUCCCACAGCUACCUCGAGGCCCCGACGAAUGCCUCGCGGGCGCUGCCGUCACCCAUGAACACCAUCGGCUCCCCAGUGAACGCCCUGGGCUCGCCCUACAGGGUCAUUGCCUCCUCCCUCAGCUCACACCCCGUCGCUCUCUCCUCAGCCCCGGGCAUGAAUUUCAUGACACAUACCAGUCCACAGCUCAAUGUCCUGAACAAUGUCAGCAGCUCGGAGGAUGUCAAGCCCUUGCCGGGUCUCCCGGGGAUCGGGAGCAUGAAUUAUCCAUCUACAAGUCCAGGUUCCCUAGCCAAACACAUCUGUGCCAUCUGUGGGGACAGGUCCUCAGGGAAGCACUAUGGGGUGUACAGCUGUGAGGGCUGCAAAGGCUUCUUCAAGAGGACAAUCCGGAAGGAUCUGAUCUACACCUGCCGGGAUAACAAGGAUUGCCUCAUAGACAAGCGCCAGCGCAACCGCUGCCAGUACUGCCGCUAUCAGAAGUGCCUCGCCAUGGGGAUGAAGAGGGAAGCUGUGCAGGAAGAGAGGCAGAGGAGCAGGGAGCGCAGUGAGAACGAGGCCGAGUCCACAAGCAGUGGCAGCGAGGAUAUGCCCGUGGAGAGGAUCCUGGAAGCUGAGCUGGCAGUCGAACCCAAAACGGAGGCGUACAGUGAUGUGAGCACAGAGAGCUCGACAAAUGACCCUGUCACAAACAUCUGCCAUGCGGCUGACAAGCAGCUCUUCACACUCGUCGAGUGGGCCAAGCGCAUCCCCCACUUCUCUGACCUGACGCUGGAAGACCAAGUCAUUCUCCUCCGGGCAGGCUGGAAUGAGCUGCUCAUUGCCUCUUUCUCCCAUCGCUCCGUGUCAGUCCAGGACGGGAUCCUGCUGGCCACAGGCCUGCACGUGCACCGCAGCAGUGCCCACAGUGCUGGUGUGGGCUCCAUCUUUGACAGGGUUUUGACAGAGCUGGUGUCCAAAAUGAAAGACAUGCAGAUGGAUAAGUCGGAGCUGGGGUGCCUGCGAGCCAUUGUCCUGUUUAACCCAGAUGCCAAGGGUUUGUCCAGCCCCUCAGAAGUGGAAUCACUGAGGGAGAAGGUCUAUGCCACACUGGAAGCCUACACGAAGCAGAAGUACCCCGAGCAGCCAGGGCGGUUUGCCAAACUCCUCCUGCGUCUGCCGGCACUGCGGUCCAUCGGGCUGAAGUGCCUGGAGCACCUCUUCUUCUUCAAGCUGAUUGGAGACACCCCCAUCGACACCUUUCUCAUGGAGAUGCUGGAGACACCCCUGCAGGUCACUUGAGGGUCUGGCCCCUGUCUGGCCAGCCCCUGUCCCCCUGUGCCCCUGCACAGCCACCUGCCCCUCUGCUCUGAGCCUGUGAGAGCUCCAGAGAUGUCCUUUGCCCUCUGCUCCUCCUCGGUGGGAUUGUCGUGGUUUUGUACAGCUGUAAAUCACCCCCUCUAACCAUCCCUGGCUUGUCUGGGGGGGUCACAGAUCCCCUACCCAGCUAACCAUCCCCCUGCCCCCUGUACAGAUAAUUGCUUUAAAUUAUUUUUUCAUUCUCAAUAAAAGUCAACAAAACAAAAUAA